CAAAGCAGAAGCAGCUGCAGCAUGUCAGGCUCGGGCAGGAAGGACUUUGACGUGAAGCACAUCUUGCGCCUUCGCUGGAAACUAUUCAGCCACCCAUCGGCGCCGGCCGGGCCGGUGGCCGGCGGCUGCUUGCAGCCGGACGGCAGCUUCGAGCACUGGGGGCCGAGCCAGAGCCGCCUGCUGAAGAACCAGGAGAGGGGCGGCAGCGCCUUCUGGAAGAAAUCCUCUUCCUCUAGCCCGCUGAACGGGACCCUGCUGCCCGCCACCAGGCAUGGGCUGGGCCAGCGGCCAUCGCCCAGGACCGUCUUCUACGUGGAGACCCUGGAGGAGGAGGAGGUGCGCGGCGGGAUGGAGCUCACCCGAGAGCAGGAGAAGUCGCUGAUGCUGCAGGAGAUGAAGGAGGAGCCGGCGGACUGUUCGGACUGCAGCAGCCAAGCAACAGGUGAAGGAUGUGGACACAGGUUGUCAGCAGUCGGCCAUCCCCUGACACCUCAAUGUGAUAUGGACUCCAGUAGCUCUGAGGAGUUCUAUCAGGCAGUACACCAUGCUGAACAAACCUUCAGAAAGAUGGAAAGCUACUUGAAGCAACAGCAACUCUGUGAUGUUAUCCUGAUUGCUGGGAACCGUAGGAUACCUGCACAUAGGCUUGUUCUCAGUUCUGUCUCUGACUACUUUGCUGCCAUGUUCACAAGUGAUGUUUGUGAGGCCAAGCAAGAGGAGAUCAAAAUGGAAGGCAUAGACCCUAAUGCGCUGUGGGAUCUUGUUCAGUUUUCAUACACAGGUUGCUUGGAAUUGAAGGAGGACACCAUUGAAAACCUUCUGGCAGCUGCAUGCCUCCUUCAACUCCCACAAGUAGUAGAGGUUUGCUGCCAUUUUCUAAUGAAGCUUUUACAUCCAUCCAACUGUUUGGGAAUACGAGCAUUUGCUGAUGCACAGGGGUGCACAGAUCUUAUGAAGGUGGCUCACAGCUACACCAUGGAUAACAUAAUGGAAGUUAUUAGAAAUCAAGAGUUUUUACUACUGCCGGCUGAAGAACUACAUAAACUUCUUGCCAGUGAUGAUGUGAAUGUUCCUGAUGAAGAGACUAUUUUCCAUGCCUUAAUGAUGUGGGUUAAAUAUGACAUGGCGAGGAGAUGUAGUGACCUCAGUAUGCUGCUUGCUUAUAUCAGAUUACCACUGCUUCCACCACAGAUAUUGGCUGACCUAGAAAAUCAUGCACUUUUUAAGGAUGACUUGGAAUGUCAGAAGCUAAUUCUGGAAGCUAUGAAAUACCAUCUUUUACCAGAAAGGAGAACUCUAAUGCAAAGUCCAAGGACUAAACCUAGAAAAUCUACAGUUGGAACACUGUAUGCUGUUGGAGGAAUGGACAACAACAAAGGUGCUACAACUAUAGAGAAGUAUGAUCUCAGGACAAAUAUAUGGAUCCAGGCUGGAGUGAUGAAUGGCAGGAGGCUGCAGUUUGGUGUGGCUGUCAUUGAUGACAAACUCUUUGUUAUUGGAGGCCGGGAUGGUUUAAAGACAUUAAACACUGUUGAAUGUUACAAUCCAAAAAACAAGGCUUGGACUGUCUUACCCCCAAUGUCAACACAUAGGCAUGGUUUAGGUGUUACAGUACUUGAAGGGCCUAUUUAUGCAGUGGGUGGCCAUGAUGGCUGGAGUUAUUUGAACACGGUUGAGAGGUGGGAUCCACAAAGUCAGCAGUGGACAUUUGUGGCAAGUAUGUCAAUUGCCAGAAGCACUGUUGGAGUGGCAGCAUUAAAUGGCAAGUUAUAUUCAGUCGGAGGUCGCGAUGGAAGUUCGUGUUUGAGUUCAAUGGAGUAUUAUGAUCCUCACACAAAUAAAUGGAAUAUGUGUGCUCCGAUGUGUAAGAGAAGAGGAGGCGUAGGUGUGGCCACAUGUGAUGGCUUUCUCUAUGCAGUUGGAGGCCAUGAUGCUCCUGCUUCUAACCACUGUUCCCGACUGCUUGACUAUGUAGAAAGAUAUGAUCCAAAAACUGAUACUUGGACAAUGGUGGCUCCUUUGAGUAUGCCUCGAGAUGCAGUUGGUGUCUGUCUUCUUGGUGAUAAAUUAUAUGCAGUGGGUGGAUAUGAUGGCCAGACAUACCUGAACACUAUGGAAUCAUAUGACCCUCAAACUAAUGAAUGGACGCAGAUGGCUUCCCUAAAUAUUGGAAGAGCUGGUGCCUGCAUCGUAGUCAUCAAGCAACCGUGACUUUUUCUGCACAGCUUUGGAUUUUACUGACUGUGAAAUGUUUAUUUUUCUAUCAGACAACAAGACUGAUAACUCUGUGAAAAAAAGGAUUUUCAUAGUGAAUACUCUGUUGAUCACAAAGUUGAGAACAUUUGAAAAUGGGAAAGAUUAAGGAUUUAUGCCCUGUCCAGUCAUUAGAAACUGUUCACAGUCAGUGAACAAGAAAAAAAUCAGUCUGUUGUAGGAGCAAAUGUAUAAACAUACAGUAGUAAGUUCAGGUACUGUUCUUGAGAAUGUGUACUGCAGAGCUGCAGAAUUGGAAGCACCCAGCGCUAGCUCUUCAUAAGGAGCACAAGGGAUAUGAGAACAGUUUUCAUGAAACACAGAGGGGUUUGAUUGUGGAACCAUCACAGCACAUUCAGUUACUUUUUCAACUUUGGUUUUAUUAAAAGGAGAAGUAGAUAUAAUGUGAUGUUUUUCUGUCAAGAUCUUAUCUUCAAAGGGGUCCUGGCUUUCCCUUUUAGACAUGCGGUUAGACAAGGAGAUGGAAUUAGUUCUCAUUAAAGUAAAGAGGAAAGGUUGAAAGGUCUGAAUAUUUCAGCACUCUUCCUCGUUCAAAAUGAUUAAGCUGCUUCUCUACAGUCUGUGGGGAAGUAAAUGGAAAAAAACAACAACAACAACAACACAAUGCUUGUUUCAGUAACUUUGGACUGUCCCUCCCUGUCAGAGUUGGGAAUCAGAGGUUGCACUGAAAUCAUAUCCUAAGAAUUAGCACAAACUCAAUGCAGAAAGAAGAGCAAGCUUUUUAGCCCCAUUGGGACUUUGUUGCAAAAAACAUGAGUCCAAGGAUAUGUCUCAUAAAUCUAUCUAAAUCUUGUAUUCAAAUCAAGCAUGUGGGUUCUGGUCACAUUAAAUGCUUUAUGCAUCUUCUGCAUGUAGAACCCCUGGAAGCCUGGAAGACAGCUACUUCUAUUCUAUUACAUCAUUUAACAGAUGAAACAUGACUCGGCAAUGGAAAAUGUUUUGACCUAAUUUGACAGAAACCUCAUUGCAGAUAGACAAGGGGGAUAAAAAUGUCAUUACAUUUUCUUUUUUUCAAAACCACACAUUCAACUUGGCCUGAUUCUAGCUGCAUAAAAGCCUUCCAUUUUAUUACUGAAAGUCAUUGCAAGUAAGGGAUGGAUUAGAAAUGUAUGCUAGUAGAAUAAGACAAUAUUAGACCAUCAUGAGCUAAUGAAUUCUGUAUAGAAAAUAUACUAGACCCUUGUGUGCUUCCCAUUAAGGUUGAUCAAUUACAGUAAUAUAGCAAUAUCACGCUUUUGAGUCAGCAAUAGUGUUGAGUUUGGUAUUUUCUAAUUGCUCAGUUGAAUCAUUUUAAAACCUAAUGGAGGGUGAGGAUCCCAGAGAUCAUGGCAUUCAAGGAGGCAGAGGAGCUGUGGGGAAUGGGCCUACUGGUAGAGAACAAUCUUUUUCUCUGGACCAAUGCAGAUCUAUUCGGAAAAAAGUGUGUAGUUCGAUUACAGAAGUUACAUAGUUCAUAACCGUUGAGAAUGAUUCUGACCUGGUUUGCCUUUAGCUGCUUGGAAGGCAAUUCUGGCUGCAGACAAGAGUGUUUGGCAUUUGGUCAGAAUGGAAACCUUUGAGACCACUUGGGUUGCCAAGUGUAUAACAUUAGGUUUAGUUACGUGUGGUUGAAAGACAUGCCCUUUGGUAAAAAGCUGCAGUGAUAAUGUCACUCUGUCACUGAGUGAGCUGACCCAACAUGGAUGUCACUGUUUCCUGAGUAUGUGAUAGCAUGAACCAACUUUCCAAUCAAGGCAUAGAUGCUGGUUUGAUCUUUGUGCUCUUCUCUGUGCUAGUGUGAAGGCAGUUGCAAAUGUCUAAGUGUAAGCUCCACACAAACAUUUGGCUCUUGAAUUACAGUUAGUCUCAGUAGCUGGCAAGGCCAAGCAGUCUUUAAGGGUGGUAUGAAACUAGAAUCCUACAAGCUAAAUUUAGGAAUAAACCCCGGGUUUUUUAUGUGAUUGUACUACCAUUUACUGGGACUUAGAAUGGGAAAAGGUGAUGGUCUGGUGUUUUCCCACUCUUUUCCCCAUCCAAAAAAGAGUUGAUAUAUUCCAGCUUUUUUCUUUUGUCAAGCUAUUUCGUUUUUCAGCCAACAGUGGUGAGAAGUUGCAGUAUGACAUAGCUAUAUAAACAGUAAAACCUACCAUUAUUUUAAUGAAAAUUUAUAUAAAAUUAAACUAUUUCAGCUCAACUACCAAAUGUACACCAAUUGCAAGUAGUUUCCUUCUGUUUUACUAGUUGUAGGAACAGAUAACUAGAAGGUUAAAGUGAAACUCACCCUGUGCACAGGGCCAUCUCAGGGCCAGUAGAUCACAUAAAUCACAAUUAAGCCCUACUCUUAGGGUUUAGGUAGGAUUUAAGUGGUGUAUAACUCCUUUGCUGACCCUUGGUACAGGAGUAAAUAGCAUCCUGAAUAAUUUGAGAUUUUAAAUGAGGUUUUGAAUUAAUUCCAUUUUCUAAUAAUAUCUCAGUUCCCCGUAAGUGGAUCAAUUAGCUUGUUGUAAUAUCUACUUAACUGAUGAUAUGGCUAUUUGAAGGUAGGACAGGGAACAACCAAGUAAAAUAAGAAAUUCAAAUAUUUCAUAAUGCAUACGUUUUUCUUUUUAAAAAAGGUUCCUUUUUCUGCUAGUAGUAGAUAGAAUAUUAUUAAAACAGAAUUUUUGUCAUAUUAAAAUCUGCAUACUAUACACCUAAAUAUGUGCUUUUAAAAUAAAAAUAAUGAGAUUUUUAAAAAUACAACUUGGAAGCUAAAAAUAAAUAAAAUUCCAAGUGCGCCUGUAGAGACAAACAAAUGAUCUUGCAAAGAUCUUUUAAAUUCAACCUCCACAAUUUCCCCCAAAGUACUUUAUAUGCAGUAUAGAAUUGAAAUAUGAAUAGCACCCCUGGAUAUUAACCUUCAGAAAAGAAUUACCAUACAUUUACUCCAGAUAUGUUGAGGUUUGUAUUGUAACUCUGCUUUGCUCAUUUUUAUCCAUGCUUUUUCUUAUACCCUUUUGUACAUUCCCUCUUUAUUUUUUUCCAUUAUUUUCUCUUUUGUAAUCUCUCUGUACUUUCUCUACUUGGCUAACUAUUCUCUCAUCCAAAAUUGCAAGCUUUCUCCACUGUUACUUACUUACAACAAGGUGGAAGACUGUUAUUCUUGAUCUAUCUUUAUUAUAUUUAUACUCGUACAGUUCCAUAUACAAUGUAGAUUAAAGGCCAAAAUUGACCCACCCUCAGUUUCUGUAUGUCAGUACAGCUUUUUGACUUCAGAGUUGUUGCAUGAAUUUUAUUAAGGGAGAAGAGUUUGGGUGGGAUUUUUCAAAAGUUCUCAGUGUUGGCUUAACUCUGCUCGUUAUGUCAAUGGAAGUUUUGCAUUUGACUUCAAAGGGAACAGAGUUAAGCCAACACUGAGUGCUUUUGUAAAUCUUACCCUUAAGGUUUAUAGUUCAUAUACCCCCAAAGAAAAUAAUCAGUUAGGGAAUAUGCUGGCUUUAAAGCUAUUCAUGUUAACUUGCGUUGAAGCAAACAGUAAUAACUUUGAAGGAAUAGUAGAUGUGCCAAUAUAUUUCAAAGGCCAGAUCCUGCCUCCUUUAUUCAUGUUGAAUAAUACCUUUCUCUGCAAGUAGUAGUAAGUAAGGUAAAGUAAAGUAGAUAAAUUGCAGAUUUAAUCACAUAGUGCAAAAUGGAAUUACUAACUGGUUAAUUUGAAAAACAAAACAAAACACCCUCUUGCUUAUGGAAAACAAUAAUUAAAUAUUUUAAAGUUGUUUUCAAUUCUCUCUCUUUCCAAUUGAUUCGUAUUUAUUUAAAUAUAGUAGGUUUACUUCCAAAUUAAUGCAUUUUCCUAAGAAUUUCUCACUUGCUGUAUCACUCCAUUUUAGGGAUUUAUUCUGCUAUCCAUCACCUUACUGUCUAUCACAGUCCCCUUGCAUGGAAUAGCACAAUCCCUAGAUGACUAAAUAGAGACUGGAGUUAAGGUCCCAAGUUGCAGUGGGGGAGGUCUGGUUGGAUAUUAGGAAAAACUUUUUCACGAGGAGGGUGGUGAAGCACUGGAUUGCGUUACCUAUGGAGGUGGUGGAAUCUCCAUGCUUAGAGGUUUUUAAGGCCUGACUUGACAAAGCCCUCACUGGCAUGAUUUAGUGGGGGUUGGUCCUGCUUUGAGCAGGGGUUGGACUAGACGUCCUCCUGAGGUCUCUUCCAAACCUAAUCUUCUAUGAUUCUAUGAGUCUCUGCCUUUUCUGCCUUUAUGGGGCUUUCCUCCUGUAUUAUUUAUUCUCUUUUAUUAAUUAUUUCCUUUAUUGAGGAUAAUGUGCUCAGUGCUAAACAAAACACAGAGACAGACAGUCCCUGCUCCAUAGAGCUUUUAAAGGACAUGAAACAGAGAAGACAAGAUGCAAUGGGCACCACAAAAGAGAAUAAUUUGAGGAGUGAGGUAUUAUGGUGGUGGUUGUGUGUUGGUUGUUUAUUAACUCAUUGCUUGUAGGCGUCAUAAAAGGAUGGAUAAGGAGUGAUCUGAAAGGUUGCUUGGCAAACCAGGAUUGAGAAACAAUCUCAUAGUAAACUCAGUUUUCCAAGAGAGGGUCCAAUCCUGCAAGCCUUCUAUCUAUAUAACAUCAAUUGAUGCGGGCUCACAGGAUUGGGAUCUCUGUUAAAUUACUGUAUAGUCUGUCAUAUUGCUAUUGCCGGUGGUGCAUGCUAUAAUAUUGAUCACAGACCAAUAGCUAAAGAUCAUGUUGGAUUGUAGUUAUCUAAAUAUGUUUUAUUUGGGAUAUUUUUGGCUCAAUUUGAAUAGAAAGUCUGAAAAUUAAAAUAAGAACUUAUACAUAAUUAGCUAGGAAACACAACACCAAUCAUUUUUUGUAUUGGUGGUUUUCAAUUUUUAUGGCAUUUCAUCAUUUAUAAUUCAAUUGCUGAAUCCUAUCUCUUUAACAUAAUUUAUAUGUAAAAUAAUGAUUUUUUUUCUUUGAUAAUUACAUAGAAGACAGAUGCAUAGUUACAUAUGAAACCUGUCAAAAUAUUAAAACAUUUUAAGGUGAUAUUAAGUGAGUUGUCUCGCUCAUAUUAGCAUUAAUUGGUACAAGGAAACUAUUAUGACUUAUAUGUGAAAGAUAUAUUGACUGCCUUUGUUUUUGUGUAAAAGAAAACAACUAAAACUCCAUCAGAUAUUCAGUGUUUAUAUAUGAAUUCAAGUCAAAUGUAUCUAAAGAAAGCUCUAUAUUAGAUUCACUAAUUCACUAUGUUAGAUUCACUUUCAUUUCCAGUUACUGUAAAUUAAACUUACUUCUCCUUUCCUAUAAUAAACAUGCUAGUUAGAAUUUUUACAUACACUCAAUAUGCCAAAUUCCUCCCUUAGGUACAUUCAGAUGAUUCCCAUUUACUUCAGUGGGAGUGACUCACAAGCAAAAUUAGAAUUGAUGGCAAAAUUAGAACUGUUAGACCAAAUGCAUGCUUUGAUGUGCCUUGGCCAACACCAGCAAAGCUGUAGUUAAGUGAGAACUGUGGGCCACAGAUCUUCUACCCUGCUUCCAGUGAAUUCAGCUCCAUUUAAACCGGCAGUACUCAUACUCCUUAGGUCCCCCAUGGACAGAGCUGUUAAGGAAGCAUUGCAGUACACAGUCUAUACAUACUGGUAAACCCACUGCCCCAGAAUCCCACAUUUUAUUGAGACUACUUCAGCCUCUAGCAAGAAUAUUCUGAGGAGCGAAUGGAGAUGGGUGAGCUGUGUAGCUCCACGGAGGUCAUAGUCAGGUCCAUUUUUUUAUUAUUAAGCAGCAGGAAAUAUAUCUAACUAAAAAUUUAUAGGGUAUUUUAAGUAGGACUCAUAAUCUGCCCAAAGUUUGAGAACUUGAAACCCAGUCCCAUGCCUGUAUGGAGCUCCAGUGACUUAAGCCAUGGUCUGUGCUGGUACAAAGCUUCUUCAGUAUAGGUCUGAUUGUGGGAACAGGGCCUACAGCUAUUUCGACACCAUUAAUGUAUGCCAUGUCUCCACGAAAUGCACCUACAGCCUGUUUUUGGCCCUAUAUGUUGAAAACCAGAAACUACAUCAAGGUCUAAGUACAGAGAAUUACAGUUCAACCCAAUGUUCUUGUUAUAUUUCAGAGCCUGUAUACCACUGUGCACAUUUUAUAACAGAAUUAUUUCUUAGAAGUACAGCAAGUAUAAUAUUACAGCAUACCAGUAACUAGUUAUUUAUCUUAAUAGACGUAAAAAAGGUUUGAGAAUGGCAUAACCAAAACCACUUACUGUCCUCUUAAAAACAUAAACCAUUUUUCAAAACUUGAUGGCACAAAACUUAUGUGUUAACCUUUUGACAAAAUUCUUCCCAUAUCACUGACCAAUAACACACUACUUUAAGUUAUUCAUGUUAUGCCAUGCCACUUUCUGCUAUCUGUGUAAUAAGUUUUAAAAGAGGUCAUUUUAAAACAUACAGGCCUAAAUUUACAAAGAGGUGUACCUAAAUAGGUGUGCACUUUUCCAUGCUCCCAAUGUAGGUGUGCACAUCUCUGAAGUGUGUGCAUUUGUAUAGGUGCAUACCUAAGUUUGUAUUCAAAAGUGCAAGGGAACUUAUGCACUCAUGUCUUUGAAAAUUUGAACCAUCGUCUUUACUACUUACAUUUGAACCUUUUUCAUAUUGUGCGUGAAACAGGCAUGCGAUUAAAUCAAAGUAAUAUUUGGACAGGUGUCAGUAAAAUGAGUAUCUCCUCCAACUUUAAUGAAGGUUUGAUUCAAUAUUAAUUCUUUAAUGUAUUGAAGAUGUAAAAUACAGCAUUAAAUGUAAAUUAUACAUCAAUAUGGGAUGACUAUAAUAGGUAAUAUAUGAGGGAUAAUAUAGUGCAAUUUAAAAUAUAUAUUAAAUGUAAUAUGUACUUUAGAAAAAUAGAGAUUCAUUACUUCCAAAAGUUCAUUCACUGAAAAGUGUUUUAUUUUCAACAGUAGCAGUCAGAUUUUGGGGGAAUAACUUUGCAACCAGUUUGUUGGCUCAUAAAUGUGUAGACUAUUUGCAUUUUUAGCGCUGUGUGUUCUUGUGGUGAUGCAUAAAAAUGCAUGUAAGAUAGGUAUUUGACCUGGCUCUUUGACCACAUCAGGAGGAAAAUAGUUAUUUAUCCCAUAGCUAUCUUUAAAAUCUGUGUUGAAAGACAGUGGCUCAAAAUCCAUUCUAGAAGUCUGGUAGCUUGUUUUAAAAAUUGGGACUGCUGAAUUCUGGGCAAGUUUUACACCCAGUGAUUCAAGUAAAACAACAAGCUCUGAGCUAUGUGGACACAAGCACUAGAUUAGAAUAGAUUCUUAAUAUGUAAGUAUAACUUCAGAACUAUCCCUGAUUUUAAAAAAUUAAUUAACCACACAAUGUCUGUUCACUCCACUCUAAUUUAUAUGAGAAAAUCAAAAAUAUACAACAGAAUAGUUAUUCUUCAGCUUUAUUCUCAGUCUCUAAUAAAAAGCAGAUCGAAUUACUGUAACUUUAAAUCCCAUUGCCAAUCCCCUCAUUAUAGUACUUCUGCAUAAUGCAUGAAGGUUAGAUCCGCUCAGGGGCAUAGAGGCUGAAGGUCCGCAAAGCUGCAAAACUACAAUGGUUUUCUUAUGCUGGGGGAGACCAGUGUUGGACAGCUGAAGACAAGAAUGUAGCUAUCUAGUCCAAAAUUAUGUGUAUUUAAUAUUCACAAACCCGUAUGUGGGGCUGCACAGGAGUGUCCGCUCUAUUCUAGACCAAGGGUUGGAAUAGUGGUUGUGAAAGGGCUGUGGGGCUGUCCCAUCUCAAUCCCGCACAACUUCUACAUAGCUCUCCUUACAAAGGGCUUGAUUGUACAAGAGAAAUUGCAGAUGUUCAGUACCUCUCAUGAUCAGGACCAUAACUUAUUUGUUCAGGUUUGGUCAGGUCAAGGAAAGGCACUUAAGUUAGGAAACAUUCACCUUGGUCCUCAGAUGAGAGAUACAGUGAGCAUGAGUUCUGAGAAUGAAAUCACCUUCUGUCUAAGACUGGUGUGAUAUGAGCUACGCCUAUAAAAAAUCAUCUUUCAGAGGGCCUCCUGUGAGACAGAAAUUAUCGUUUGUGAAUCAUUAGAGUGAGUAAUUUGUUCUAUAAGCAAGACCUACGGAAACUGGUGUUGCUCGUCAGAGGUAAUAAGAGGUUCACCUGCAAUAAUUUCCAUAGCUUAAUGAGGGUGUUUUUUUUUUUAAUUUUUAGCAGUGCCAUAGCUUUGAAAGCAUGUCUGUGUAGACUUAUACAGCACUAUCAUGUAGUUGCAGAGUAGGGAUGUUGAUCUCUAUAUGAAGGUAUACAGUGUGGGAACUGUGACUAUCCAAUAAUGUUGGUACAAACUGAGACUCAUAUUCUUCCUGAUUAAGUCACGGAUGUGAGAAUUGAGUGUGGAAAAAUAUGGACACCUUCAGAUCUGAGAGUUUAGUCUAAAUGAUGCAUUCUUUUGCCUGAGACAAAGAACAGGGGAAGAGGGUGUCAUCCUCACAUAGUGACAAAUGGAAUGCCCGUUUUCAUCCGUUAAAGCUCAUUGUUUAUUGAGCACAUUGUUUAUUGAGCUAGAUGCACAAAGGAGGCUGUGAGUCCUUCAAUGGGCUUGCAGUCCAAGGCCCUGAUCCUGUGUGAGCUUUGGAGUCACUGAAAUAAUUGAUUUCUGAAGAUUUAGAGCCUCACAGAAUCAGGUCCUAAGAUAAAACAAAACAGCACAGACUGUUAGAUGCAAGAUGCAGGCCUGAAGUUGAGAAAGAGGAAAAUGUUUCAGUUGUCUGGAGAUUUGUUGUUUGUAUAUAUAGAAUAUCAGGAUUGGAAGGGACCUCAUGAGGUCAUCUAGUCCAGCCCCCUGCUCAAAGCAGGGCCAAAUCCCCAAGUUUUGCCCCAGAUCUCUAAAUGGCCCCCUCAAGGAUUGAACUCACAACUUUGGGUUUAGCAGGCCAAUGCUCAAAACACUGAGCUAUGACUCCCCCCUUGUAUGUUUUACCGGAGGAUUGGAAUGAAGGCAGGGUGGUCAUCUGUUGCACAAGAAGAGAGAGACUUGUAAUUGUAAAAACAGGAUGGAAGAAUAACCAUCCAUUUCUUUCAACUUUUGACAUCUAGAGUCUGGUAGAUAUUUGGAAAGACUCCCAUUAAAAGAGAUAUUGUCAUGUUAAAAAUAUUGUCCCUUCCAUCUUCUCAGACAGAUGACAUUAAAACUAGGUAGAUCUCUGACAGGAAGUAUGAAAGUGUGCGUUUGGGGGAAGGAGAAGUUCAACUCACAGUGGCAUUGGUUUUGCAGAUGGAGAGGAGGCAGAAUAUGCACAUAGCCUCCUAUCCUAAUCAAGCCUGACAGGGAUUCCACUCAGAAGUUAACACCAACAAUCAUCUUCUACUUUGAACGAAACCACUUUCAUUCUCUGCAGCCGAACACCAUUAUGAUCUUCAGAGGGCUUAGAGUUGUGUCUGAAAUCAAUGUCUGGUCUUUUCCAGUUCCCUCAGCAUGAUCUCCUUCACCAGACAUCCCGUCUCUAUACUCAAAUGCUGUAGCAGGAGUUUGGAUCACACAAGAGCAAGGGCAACAUUUUCAAACUCUGGAGUCUGCAGUUAGAACUAAACAAAUCUGGAUUUAGUUGUCUAUCUACAUUUGUAUAUGGUCAGUCAUCACUAUAAUAUCUGAGCACCUAAAAAUAAGUGUCCUGAUUUUCAGAAACAUUGUGAACCUGCAAUUUCCAAUAAAGUAAGACAAGUUGUGGUGAGCUCAGCAUGUCUGAAAAUAAGGCACUUAUUUUGGAGCCUAAAUAUAAAUUUAAACAUGCAAACUUGAAAAUUUGUAUCUUUAUGAUCAACUUAUUUUAGUAGACCACUAAGCUCCUUUCUCUAAUGAGACCGACAAUUUUUUGGAACAUUGUCCAUAAAAUUGUGUGCCAAUUUGUGUGAUCCGCCUAAAACAGAUUCAGCCUCUGCUUUGGUUACCUGUGGGGGAAGAGGGGUUGUUCAUAUUAUCUUUGCCAUAGAGGGAGCAAGGUUUAUAGCAUACAAUGAAUUCCUCACCAAUGCUACUUCAUGUGAUGAUGUAUUGAAGUACGUAAGAAACAAAAUCUUUGUAUGGUAUAAACAACUUUUGAAAUAACUGAACCAUUGUGAAGCUAAAAUAGAUAUACUGUAUUUUGUUAUUGCUUUGAUGUAAUCAUCACCUGUCUCUUUCUUUUGAUGAAACAUUAGUUUAAUCCGAAAUAAGAUAAAUUGAUUUCAUUGAGUGUUGUAGAUUCUCAGUACCACUAGGAAAAAAAAAAACAGGCCAUUUGCUUUGGCUACCUACAUGUAGAUUUGGGUGCUUAACUUUAGGCUUCCAAGUUUGAAAAUGUGGGCAUGUAUGCUUUAUUUAUAUAUUUAUUAAAUUAUACUUUUUUUAACAAAGUGCCAUAGAUUUGGAUGGUACUUCACAGGCAAAUAAAAUGGCAGGUUUCUGCUAUAAGGCACUUACAAGCUAAAUGUAAUUUAUUUAUAAACCUGCUGUAUGGCAGAAAUGUAUUUAAGCUAUGUUCGGUUGUGUUUAGCAGCCACUAGGGUUGCAGAGUGUGAUACGUGAUCAAAUAGAAACAAACAAUAUGGAACCAAGAUUGUCAUUGUUUCUGACAUUCUUUCAUGAUUGUGCACAAAAAUACACCUUGCCUGAUUUUGUUCUUAUUCAUACGAUUAUAUAUCAGGGGUAAAUCCACUAAAUUUAGUGGAUUUACACUGCUUUAAGAUUAGACUCAUGCCAUUAGGGCACAACUAAGGCCAUAUCCACACUAUGGUUGCAGAGGACCACAGAUACAACACUGCCUCUCUGCAGCUGGAGCAUUGUCGUGUAGAUGGUUUCUGCAGCAGUGGAAGGAUUUUUUCCAUCGCUGUAGUUAAUCCAUCGCUCCAAGUGCCAGCGGCUAGGACAACAGAAGAAUUCUGCCACAGCAACCUACACCAUGGGUUAGGUCAGGUUAACUGUGGCACUUAGGGUGUUAAUUUUUCACACCCGUGAGCAAUAUAGCUAGGUUGACCUAAUUUUUAAGGGUAGAGUAGGCCUAAGACUGCAAAGGCAGAGCCAUGACUGGGAUGGGACUAGGCACACUGCUGAAGUGGCUGUGGCUGGAAGUAUGAUACUAGUGGGACUUGCUAAACCACUACAAAAGUUGUAGCCAUUGCAGUCCUACCAACGUACAGGAUCAACAGGGCCACCCAAAUACACUUUACUUGCAUGUGCACAUCUUGCACUCCCCAGCACAUGCACCCCAAUUAUGGCUGACUCCUAUGUGGUUGCACUGCAAGAAAAGGGUCCAUGAGCCCUCCCUACCCAUGUACCAGAGCUAGAGUUGUCAUGACGGUACUCAUGGUAAUUAACAAUAUAUCUCAACGACGAGCCUUCAAACGCCACAAAGUGCAAGUGCCAUUUCUGCAGCUAUCUCAUGCAGCUUUUUCAUGGAAUUAAUCAUCAGAGUUUUUUAAAAUAAUAAAUACACAAAUAAUGUUAUUAUUAGGACUGUCUUGGGAGUCUAUGGAUACACAACAUGUUUCCUGCGGUGAAGAACUGCAGGGAAAAAGUCAAUUUUUAGUAGUUUGGAAUGUAUAAGAAACAUACUGUGAAAAUGUACAAUAGAAAUAUGUUUGUAAAUCAAUUCAAAUACUCUGUGUUAAAAUUUGCAAUAUUUGCAAUUCAGUUUACAGAAUGUUACUCUGUUUACCCUCAUUGCCAUUAUGAUUCAGACCCCUCUGUAUAGGAUGCAAGUGGAGACACGGAGCACAAUGUUAAACUUUAGAAAACUGAUUUCAUUUGCCACAACUCGUUUUUAAAGAAAUAUGAAUCCUGAACGUGUCACUGUGCAACAAUAAAGCUGCCUGUUUUAAUGUUC